UCCUUUUCAGCCCCUUUUGGACAUAUUUCUGUAUAUAUUUAAACUAACAAGUGCAAUAGGUGCUCAGGGCCCUGCAAGCAUGAUGGCUUACCUGAUUGUUUCAGGUCUACUUCUGACUCGGCUUAGAAGACCAAUUGGUAAAAUGACAGUGUCAGAACAAAGAUACGAAGGCGAAUACAGAUAUGUCAACUCACGGCUUAUUACAAAUAGUGAAGAAAUUGCUUUUUAUCAUGGGAACAGUCGAGAGAAACAGACUAUACAUACCACGUUUAAAAGGCUGGUUGAUCAUCUGCACAAUUUCAUUGUUUUCCGCUUCACUAUGGGAUUUGUAGACAGUAUAAUUGCCAAAUAUCUUGCUACUGUUGUUGGUUACCUGGUUGUAAGCCGACCUUUCUUGAACCUUUCUCACCCUCGCCAUCUGCAAAGUAAUCAUGCUGAACUGCUGGAGGAUUACUAUCAAAGUGGUCGUAUGUUACUGAGAAUGUCUCAGGCACUUGGAAGAAUUGUGCUGGCUGGUCGUGAGAUGACAAGAUUGUCUGGCUUCACAGCUCGAAUCACUGAAUUAAUGCAAGUUUUGAAAGAAUUAAAUAGUGGAAAAUAUGAACGCACAAUGGUUUCCCAUCAGGAUAAAGGUUCCACAAGUCAGCCUUUGAUACCUGGGAGUGGGGAGAUCAUUAUUAUGGAUCAUGUUAUCAAAUUUGAACAUGUGCCAUUGGUGACACCUAAUGGGGAUGUUUUGAUUCCAGACCUCUCUUUUGAGGUAAAGUCAGGAGCAAAUGUCCUAGUCUGUGGUCCAAAUGGAUGUGGGAAGAGCUCACUUUUCCGUUGUUUAGGAGAGUUAUGGCCCCUAUUUGGAGGACGUUUGACAAAACCAGAUAGAGGGAAGUUGUUUUACGUACCACAGUUGCUUCAGGAGCUAGAUCUUUGGACCUGAUGUUCACAAGUUUCCAG